AAAGUGCAACCUACAGCAGGAAGAAUGACCUAAGACUUAAGCAUCCUAUGAAAGCCUAGUAGGUGUGCACAACGAUUGCAAUUUGUGCAGUCUCACGGACUGCUCCCCUGGUCAAAUGCCCUUAACUAUAAGAUGUCAAUGAUGAUAAUGAAGCGCUCAUGAGCUCUGGGUCGCGGUUCCUGCUUUCUGGCCCGGGUACAGGAACACCGCGAAGCGUGCUGGCGGCAUGGACUGAAGCCAUCAUCACGGCGGGCCGGGAGCUAUCGCGGGAGUUGCCCAACUCCAGCGGCGCACCCUGCUCCGUGAACGCGCCGGCGCGCGCCGUGACGGAAUGCAGGAGGGCAAUAUAUUGCACGCCGGGUGCGCAGCGGCUCGCAGGCGUGACGCCGCGGCAUGGGCUGCAGUACCGGCGAGGCUUGCACACGGGGCACGGCGCUGCCGCCAGCGAGCCUGCAAUGAGCUUUGAUUCUGGGUCAGGGCCGCCCGAACACAGCUUUGCGGCUUCAGCAGCGCUUGGCAGCUGCACAGCGGCGGACGUUGACGCGGCGCAAAGCACGCUGACGGGCAUCGUGGGUGCCGGUGCCAGUGCGGCGGGACCGCAGCGGCCCCCAGUGGGUUGCACGGAGGGACCGGACCUGGCGGAGCUUGCACAGAAGUGGCGCAGCGUAGCAGCAAAGGCCGAGGCAUGGCCGCGCUACGGCUCUGCUGAAGCCGCUGCUGCAAGCAAUGGCAGCAGCGGCAGUAGCUGCAGCGGUGGCAGCGGCGGCGGCAGCGGCAGCGGUGUCGGCGCAGAAGGCCCGGGCGCAGAUCGGGGGCAGCGGUGGGACCGCCAGGCGUACAAAUCACUCAUCGGCCCCACGUGCGAGGCCCUGGACGCGGGCCCGCACCACUUCGUGCACGCGUACCGGCACUUGCCGCGGGAGGCGGGCGCCGGUGCGGCCGGUGCGGGCGGCAGGAGCUUGGACGUCGCAGCCCUGGUGGACGUGACGGGCGCGGUGGUCACGCUGAACCGACUGGCUGGCUUUGAGCCGCCCUGGGACUUCCGGCGGAGCCUGGUGGCCGCGGCGACGGAGGCAGUGCGCAGCGCAACGUGGCCGCAGGCGGCGGCAUUGCUGCGGGACACGCUUGCGCUGCAGUCGGUGGGCCGCGUCUUCUUUGCUCGACUGCUGGCCCGGAUAGGUCUGGCGCUGUACAAGGAGGGGCACCUGGGGGAGGCGGCGGCGGUGCACGGCGCGCUGCGCGCCGCGUUCGGGACCAGGUACGCCGUCGACACCGGCAGCGCCACGGUCGGCGGGAGGUUUGGCAGCGCCAGGGAUGAGUUCGAAGGCGGCAGGCCGGUCACGAGCAGUUUGGAGCUCCGAGUCUCGCACUACCGCCGUGCGUUCAGCCGGCAGCUGGCGCGGGCGGGGCAGCCGCCGCUCUCAGACGCCGACAUCCUUGCCGCAGAAACGGCGAUGGGGGUGGAGGAGACGGCCAGCCUGCUCAGCAGCAUAGCGAUGAUGUUGCGCGGCGGCCACGGUGAUGUGUCUCCGGAGAGCGAGGGUGCGGCGCUGUCACGCCAAGUGGCGGGCACGUUCAGGUGGCUGUUGGCCUACCUGCCGCCGCUGCUGCCCACGCUGCCGGGCGGCCCAGCGGCGGUGCUGCCGGCGCUGCGGGAGAUAUCGUCCUGCGGCUGGAACCACAGCGGCGACACAAGUUUCCUGGAAGCGGUGGCAACCUACCUGGCCUCGCCAGCCCGGCCGGAGGUAUCAGCAGGCGCCGGGCUGCCAGCGGGAGGGCUCCUCGCGGACCUGUCUCCGCCUCCGCCGGUGCUAGUGGGGCUGUCGCCUGGGCAGCUGGUGGAGGUGCUGGAGUGCUAUGCACGUGCGGGCGUGCACCACGAGGCGCUGAUGGAGCGGGCAAUGGACGUGGCGGAGCGGGGGCUGCACGGCUUCACAGCGCUGCAGGCGGCACGCAUGGCGGUGGUGUGCGCGCGCUUCUCCCACUCCCGGCCGGCGCUGAUGCGGCGCAUGGCGCACCACGUGGGUGCCGCACUGCCCGCCGCCGUGCCGCCCUGCGACGUGGCGGCCAUGGUGGCGGCGCUGGCGCGGGCGGGGCAGCGCGAGGAGCGCUUCCUGGCCCUGGCGGCGGCGUACGGCAAGGAGCACGCCGAGGCGCGGCUGGCGGCGAUGGACUUGGAGGCGCACGCGCUGCAGCCGGUAGGAGCAGGGACAACAGCAGGAGGAGGCGGAGGUGGAGCGGCGGCGGUGCAUGUGCAGCCGGCGACCGUUGAGCAGAUCUGGUGGAGUGGCGAGCUUGAGGAGGCCGGCAACGGAGCAGCGGCAGUGGGAGGCAGGGCAGCGGGGCGAGCGGGCCAGGCUUCACGGGACGGCGCCGGUCGCGAUGGCGGUGGCGGCGCCGACGGUGGCCUACCGGUGCGCGCUCCGUUCGGCGAAUCGCGGAUGUUGAGCGGCGCGACGGCGCGAGCACGGGCUGGGGAUGAAGAGGAGACGUCAAGAACCGCUGCGGCACAGGUGGCGGCGCAGGCUGCCGCUGUGGUGGCGAUGGCGCAGAUGACCAUCGAGCGGCGAAGCAAGGGGCUGCCACCUGGGCUGCUGGCUGGCGGCGCAGACGCAGCUUCCAGCGGUGGCGCGGUCGUGAGCUCGGCCGCAUGGGAGGCCGAUGCUGGGGCAGGGCAGGUGGCGAUGCCGCUAGGUGGUGCCGUGGCGGCGCCAUGGGGGAAUGCACUAGCAGAAGCGCCGCCGCCGGUCGUGCCGGCGGUAGGCGCCUCGGGAGGAACAGCUGUCCAGGCUUGGCAAGUAGGGCAGGACGCAGCAGCUGAGCCGCUGGCGGGGCGUGCUGUCUCGAACGUGGUCGAUUCCUCGGGAUGCUCUGCGGCCGCUGCGCCUGUAUCCAAAACAGUGACGGCAUCCCGCGCGACGGCAACGGGAGUAGCGCAAGGCUGUAGCGGGCUGCAUCUGGAGGCCGAGGCACCAGCAGGGCAGCAGGAUCUCGCGGUGCCGGAGCCUGUGGUCCUGGAGGAGCUCUUUGCAGCUGAGGCCGCAGCGGAGGCCCCACACACUGCCUGGCAGCAGCCUGAGUCUGCGUCACAGCCUCUUGUGCAGGGUUCAGGCACUCCAAACAGUGCCGCUCACACCGCUGCGCGUGCUGGCGCUGACGUGGGGGCGGCGGCUGCAGCGGGAUCACGGCACGUGGCGGCAGCGGCCGCCGUGCACGUGCAACACGGCCAGGUGGAUACUGCUUCACCAGGCGCCACAGGCGCCACAACGGAAGUAACGGACGCCGGCCAGGAAUCGGAUACGGAUGCGGCAGCGGCCGAGGGACCGGCGCUUAGCGGCAGGACGCGGUACCGCCGCCUCAUGCGGGCAUGGGCUACAGAGACCAGGAGGCAGCAAUCACUGGAUCCACGCACAGUGUUACUGGUCGGCAAUGUGCAGUUCAGCAAUACGCCCAUGGAGCUGCUGCAAUUCCUGCGCCAGACGACGGCGGGCGGCUGCGUGCACACGAUGUACAUGCCGUACGACACCCGCCUCGCGGCGCUGCGGCGGCCCAACAAGGGCGUCGCCUUUUUGGCGCUGGACGGACCCAACCACGCGAAUAACCUGAAGCGCUGGCUCAUUGACAGGCGCUUGCCGGGCCGCGACACGCUGGCACACGUUGAGUACAAGGAUGGGGUGUCGCACGGCAAUGAGCUGCUGAACGGCCGCAUGCUGAAGACCGUGGAGGGCGGCCCGCUGUACGGCUCGCCACCGGACGGGCCGAACCUGUGGCCCAUGCUGCUGUACACCAGCUUUGCCCUGCGCGGCCAGAUCCAGCCGCUGGACCCCCGGGACACGGUCAUGUACGAGCUGGAUCUGCCCAACCAGACCCAGUUCAAGCUAAGCUACUUUUCCAGCGCGGACGGCAGCAGUAGCAGCAGCAGCAGUAGCAGCAGUAGCAGUAGCAGCAGGCGGGAGGCGGCGCCGACGCUGCUGACGGCGGAGCACCUGGCGGCGGUGGCGUACAGCAUGCACAUGGUGUCGUACGUGCACCCAGGGUUCGUGGAAGUGGUGGGGCGGCUGAUGUGCACCCUCAUGAGGCGCGUGCUGCAGCACCCUCAGGCAGCCGCCGCCGUGCUGCCGCUGCCCGAGGAUGCCUGGGCCGGGUCCAAGAGCGGCAGUGGCAGCGGGAGCGGCAGCGGCAGCGGGAGUGAUGCACUGCAGAGCGGGAGCAGUGCCGAAGACGGAGAAGGCGACACCGAUUUGUACGAGGCGGGGUGGCGCGGGAGCGCUCGCGGCAAGCAGCUUUCGGACUAUCAUCUGCUGGACCCGCUGUCGUUGCUUGACAAGACAAUAGCGGCACACGGGCAGCCGCUGGUGGUUCGGGCGCGGCCGCCCGGCGACGACCCCGACACACACCAGCACUGCGCUAGCGCCGGCAAAGAGGGGCUGCAGCAGCAGCACCUCGGGCCGCACGCCCAACGCAGCAAACCUCAGGCUCAGAACGGGCUCAACGAGCAGCAGCGUCAGCAGAUGGGCGCGACGGCGGAGCUGCCGCCGCUCAAGGCCGCGCUUCACACGCUGUGCGCCAUGGCGCGCCACCCCAAGCCCGACGUCACCGCCUGGGCCGAGCUGGCGGACAGCUGUGCGGUGGCGUUGCACGGCUGGUUGCCGCCCGAGGCGCCGGAGCCUGCGGUGGUGGCUGCGCUGUCGGCAGUAGGCAGCUGCGGGCGGACGCCGCCCCAGCCGCCACUUGGCUCGGCGCUGCAUGCAACCGGCGCCACCCAGGGCGUGCCAAGCGAUGGGACCGUGACGGUAGUACGGGCGGACAGCGGCAGCACAGCGCUGCGCUUAAACGCGGCGCAAUCUGCCCUUCCGCCCUGCACGCCGCUGCCUCACCGCUUCAUCUUCGACGUGUACGUCAAGCUGCUGGCCCAGGCGCUCAGCGCCGCCGCCGACAGCCGCCUGCCGCAGGCUGCGCACGGCGCGCUCGCGGCGGUGGCCGCCGGCCUGCUGCGCUGCCACAUGCUGCGCAUGCGCACACGUGCCGCCUGCGACCUCCUCCAAGCGCUGGUGCGCUUGCACCACCCCGGCUCGGGGCUGCUCGUGCGCGCCAUGGUGCCGCUGCUGGUGCAGCAGUCCGGCCGGCUGUCCCCGGGAUCCCUCGUCAGCCUGGCGUGGGCGUGCGCGCGCACCGGCGCCUGCCGCGACGAACCGGGGGUGAUUGCACGGCUGGCGAGGCGGACACGAGUGCUCAUCGCCUCUGACGGGCUGCCUACCAGCGCGGCUGUUCAAAUGCUGUGGGCGUUCUCCACGCUUCAGUACGACGAUCGGCCCAGUCUUGCGAAGGGGGGCGACGUGGCAGGGGCCGCCAGCGCCCUCGAAGGGCCCUUGCUGGGAAGGCGCGCGCGUGCUCCAGGCUUUGGGCCGCGGCCAGGAGACCAGGCGGCGGCUACAUGGCGGUGGGACGGUGGCUGCAGCCGCAGCAACAGCGGCGUGUAUGCGGAGCUGCUGCAGCUGCUUCUGAACCGCUAUGAUCUCACCGCGCGCGACCUGCUACUGCUGCAGGAGGCUUUCGCAUCCGCGCGCAGGCAGCAGCAGCAACCUGCUGUGCCGGAACUUCACGGUAGUGACAUGGCCGACGCGGCAGCGCGGCCGCCGCUGCUUCCAGCGAUGCCGUCAUUCCUGCAGGAGCUGAUCAACGCUGCGACACAUCCUCGGAGCACCAGUGUCGGGGGCAAUAACACCGAGGCCGCGCGGGCCGCCGCCGGCACCGACGGCAAGCGGCGGUUGGACAACGCGCCGCUCUUCAUGCGGCCCCAGCAGGGCGAUACCGCCCCUGCCGCCACUCCACAGGCCGUCGUGGUGGCAUCGGCAUCAGCACGGGCCUCAGAGCUCUCAUUGGCCGCGGGCUCCAUGGCACAGUCUCAGCCAGCGCUUGGGCCCGACACUGACGCUAGCCCCGCCGCUGCAUUUCCCGGAGGGGUGCCUGGAGCUGAAACCCGUGCUGCGGCUGGCGCAGCUGCCGAGAUGCGCCCGCAACAGCCGCCGAAGCAGGACCAGCCGCCGCCGCCGUCACCUGAGGCAGCAGCGCGUGAGCUCCUGGAGCAGAUUGCCAUUGCGCGCCGGGGCUUGGCGCUGGAGGAAGCUGGUGGGCUAGUUGUGAAGCUGCAGGUCCCGGAAACGAUUGAGGCACGGACACGGGGAGGCCUGCUGUAGGGGGCACCUCAUUUUAGGUUACAACAGCUGCCGCCGUGUGGAUUGCGACGCUGAUGAUUGGCAGGCAUGUACUCAAGACUUACGAAGCGCGGGCAGCAGGAGUCGGGAACGCGCAUGCACGUGUGGUAUACUGCGUUUGGUGUUAACGUCCAUAUAGAACAUGAAUUGUCGUGUCGUGUGCCGUGUUGGGACUGGGGCGGAAUGGUGGGCGCUGCAAUACUGCUUUUCUUUGACUGUAGGACUGAACGGGCUGCUUGCCCGCCUCACGUAUGUACGGACUCGUGGCGUGCGCGCAAGUAACGGUACGGUGUUGCGCGCCGUGAAAUCGCAACAGUGCGACACCUGGACUCUGACAUGGAACAUACAGGGAUGCAGUCCUACAUGGCACCUUUCGUGUAAGCAUGUAAAGAGUUCAGCCAGGUUGAGGCUUGAGAUAGAUUUUCGCUCGUGGAGGGGCUAUGGCAACUCACACACCGAAGCUCCGCCACGUAGCGGAACGCCUGCACGACACAACGCCCAGCAGCACGCUGCUGCCAACCGUCGGUGAUCGUGCGGUCCUGUUGGCUCGUGAUGGAACAUGGCAAGGGGCAGGAAAGCGUAGUCCCGAUGUGUGUGGCUCCCACCCGUGCCCACAUAAAUGCGUAGCAAGAAGGGACAAGGCAUUGGUGCGUCGUUCGCGCGCUGUUACUGUACCGACGGUAGCUGGCAGGUUGUGUCGAUGUUUUGCUGACGCGCAGAGUUUCGGCUGUGAGCGGCUGGCGAGGAGAGGCGAGGGCUGUUGCGUUUUGGAAGGCGGGCGGAAGGCCGCACACGCCGGGAGUCGGGCAGGCUGUAGAUUUCGCUGAAGCUGCGUUUGAGAAGGGAGCCGAAGGGACAGCUGGGGUGGGACAGCUGGAAGGGACAACUGGAAGGGACGACUGGAAGGGACAGCUGGGAGGGACAUCUGGGAGGGGACAGCGGAUGUGGGACUGCUGGGGUGGGACAGCUGGGGAGAGGCACGGGACAGCUGGCAUGGGACGCUGGGUGGCUGCAGAGGCUGGCAGCGCUGGGGCUGGUACGUAGGUGGGUACUUGGGUACGCGGCUGGAUGGAGCCCGGGCUCACGAAGAGCUCC